AAUUGAAAAAGAAAAAGCACAUUUCCUUUCAGUUUUGCUGGAUAAUCCCUUCUUCCUUCCCAACCUCAUUUUCCCUCCUCACCGGCUCCCAAGUCCCACCCAGUAUUCUCCUCUUCGCUUGAAAAACCAAGAACCAAACGAAGAACGGAGAAAAGGGAAAAUGCAAUCCACCAUGAGCUGAGUAGAGAGAUUACAUUAGCUUGCUCCAAAUCUCCCUCUGAAAUUCCUGCCGUCUCCAAUCGUUUUUCGCUGCUCACGUUGCAAAGCUGAGAUACGCAGAAUCAACAGUGAAAACAUGGCGGCAGUCACUUCAGUCUCCUUCUCCCCGGCGAUGGGUCACUCUUCCGCUGACGGAAGGUCUUCCUCCUCAUCUACUUCCUCCGCUCGCUCUCUAGCUUUCUCCGCAUGCGAAGCGUUACGUUCCCGAACUUUCCCUUCUGCUCGCGUUCGUGGCUCUACCUCCUCGACCUCUGGCUUCGUCAUCCGUUGCAUGUCCAGUUCUACAGAUUUGCCGACUGUGUCCCAAACCAAGUUGAAUUUUCUCAAAGCUUACAAGAAACCAAUCCCUAGCAUCUACAACAAUGUUCUCCAGGAGCUGAUCGUGCAGCAACAUUUGAUUAAGUACAAGAAGACAUACUGUUAUGACCCCGUGUUUGCUCUAGGCUUUGUCACUGUUUAUGAUAAGCUCAUGGAAGGAUACCCGAGUGACGAGGACCGCGAAAUCAUUUUCCAAGCAUACAUUAGGGCCUUGCAAGAGGAGCCAGAACAAUACAGAAAUGAUGCUACGAAGCUCGAGGAGUGGGCAAGAACUCAGACAUCUGCUGCACUGGUCGAGUUUCCUUCGAGAGAAGGUGAAGUGGAGAGUAUGUUGAAAGAUAUCGCAGAAAGAGCUGGCGCUGGUAAAUUCAGCUACAGCCGUUUCUUUGCUGUCGGGCUUUUCCGCCUGCUCGAGCUUUCCAAUGCAACUGACCCCACUGUAUUGGACAAGCUUUGCGCAGCGCUAAACGUGAACAAGAGGAGCGUGGACAGGGAUCUUGAUGUAUACCGCAACCUGCUCUCGAAACUUGUCCAGGCAAAGGAGUUAAUCAAGGAAUAUGUCGAGAGGGAGAAGAAGAAGCGAGAAGAACGAACAGAGUCGCAGAAGGCUAGCGAGGCCGUCAAGAACUGCUUGGGACAGCCUACCUAUGUAGGGCAGAUGUAGACCAAACUGAGUAAAUGGCUCCACAACGGUUAUUUAUAAUUCCUUCCUCUUUAAUUCGAGGAUAGAGUUGAAGUGUGGGUUUUCACAGCUUUGGAACUGAUCUUCGUUGCAAAUAUUGUGGGCUUGCAAUAUUCAGAUCAGUUCUGUUCCCUGUGGGAAAUGAAUGAAUAUAGGAUUACCCCUCAGGAUCUUGUUUAUAAUUCGUCUUCCAUUUUGCUGCUCCAACUCUCUACACAGAGUGUAAGAACUUAAAAUUCAACUGUUAAGAUACUCUCUUGUAAUGAUGCCUUUCUUCUUCACUGUUUUGGAGUUAUUUUUGUUAAUGACAUUAACAAUGUGAGAUAGAUAUCUUAAGC